AUGCUGGCCGGGCCGGCUGUGGUGCUCCUCUCCCUGACCUGGAGCACUUACCAGAGCCUGGCCGUCCCCCAGAUUGCAGAAUGUGGCCUCUCCUGUUCUCAGGGCUUCGCCUGCAAGAGCCGAGGGAACCGGAACAUUUUUAACAGCUUCUGCCGGGAAUCCCCCACGUCCAUGUCCAGGUCCAUCCUGGGGGCCCUGAUGGUCUCCACUGCCAUGAGGUGUGCCCCCCAGGAUGGCUGCUCCCUGCUCCUGCGCGUGCAGGCCUCCCUCACGCUGCACGACAGCCUGCGGGGCCUGGAGGCCUGCUCCAUGAGCCUCGACACGCAGGAGACACAGUGUCAGAGCGUGCGGGUCUCCAGGGCCUCCCGCCGACUACAUGCGGGGCAGCAGCUCCAGGUGCACUUUGAUUGCUUCGAAGUGAGCGUGGCUCAGAGCCUCUACGUCACCCUGAGGACAGUCCCCCACUUCUGUGGGGUCCAGCUGGAUCAACAGUACCACGUGGAAGACUGCAGAGACCGAGACGUGGGGAGGAAUCUGCCCUUCUGCCUUGCCGGGAAGUUCUCCUACUGGGUGGACCGCAGCCGCAAGGUCAUUCUGGCACAAGUGCCGGAGGCCCCCGGGGACUCUGACUACUACCUGCGGCUCUGCCUCAAGUGGUUCACCUGUGAGGAGGUGGAUGCCCCCGUGCGGGUGACAGUGAACAGGGUCUCCCGCGCCGUGUCUCUGCCUUACAGCCAAGAGCUGCCAUGCUUGUGCCUCGAGGGCUGGGCUGCGACCCCUGACGCAGUGCGGAUGCAGGCCUGUCCCUUCGAAAAUGACACAGAGGCGCUGUGGGACGCCAUCCGCUACCACCCCGGGGACCAGGCGCUGAGCUGGGAGCCCGCCUGUCCCGUCAGCGCCCGCGUGAGCCUGUGCUGGCGCCCGGAGCCAGGGGCCCAAUGCCACGAGCUGGAGCACUCGGGCCGGCCCGCACGAGGCAGGGUGCAGUACCCGCUGGUAGACACGCAGCCCCAGCUCUGCCUGAAGUUCUCCACCAGCCUGGGCUUCUGGGUGAGGUGCCCUUUCCAACAGCGACGCUUCCCAGCCUGGAAGAUGACCAUCCAGCCGGCAGCACCGCAGGGCCAUCUCCGGGUCACCUUCUUCUCGCCCAGCGAGGCCAGCUUCAGGGUGCACCUGUGUCACCAAAGGGAGACGUGGCCCCCUGCCUGUGGCUCAGCGCUCCAGGCCACGCCCCUCCCUGCAGCCUCAGUGAGCCAGGGUGACUUCGUGGCCGACCCUGCAGUUGCCUUCGUGGACAUUCCCAGGGACGAGGCUUGUGACCCCGGCACCUGCAUCCAGGGCUGGAGGACCGACGUGCACUUCUCCGCCCCCCAGCAGCUGUGUGACCUUCAGUGCGCUGCCACCCAGGGGACAGCAGACUGAGGCCAGGAGCUUCAUGGAGCACAAGCCAGUGCCCUGGGGUGCGGAGGAGGCCAGCUCACUCCUGGGCCCCUGAACCUCUGGCAGCAAAAGCCAGGCCCUCAGAACUCGGAGGUGGCUCGGCUGGACACUGGCUGUGGGGCCGGCCGCCUUCCGUCUCCCCGGCCGCCCGCGGCUCCCUGGGGACCCUCAAGCUGGCCGGGAGCUUUGGGUCAGAUGAAGGACCUUCCACCCCUUCCUGAACCCCCUUGCUGGAGGCCUCCGGAAGGGCUGGAGGGCUGCCUCUCUCCCGGAUGGCCUGGCCUCUGACCUGUCCGCUCUCAGCUUGGUGCGUGCUCCCCCUGGACAGCCCGUGGUCAAGGCCACCGUCCCUGGCCCCCGCGUGAUGGGCCCGGAGAGCAGCGUGUGACCCCCGCUUGCUGCAGCUGACCAGGCUGUUGGCUCAGGCCCACCCCCAGCUCCUGCGCAGAGGGCUCCCACACGACUGUCCACACGCUGGGUGGCCCCCACUGCCCAGGCUGGGCCUCCCCCGGCCCCCUGCACCCCCUCCCAGAGCUCAGGUCACCUCCUGCAGCCCAGCCAGUCCAGCGAAAGACGGUCACUUCUUGUGGCCUCAGGGGCCACCCACCAGGAUGUGAAGUGUCAUUCUCACCGAGGGCCACCAUGUGCCAUCUGUGCUCAAGGACCACGGAAGGACCCUGAGCCCUGCAGCUUGAUUUCCACACCCCGGGCCGGGCCGCCCCCCCGCAUCUGGUGUCCGGCUCCAUGUCCACCUGACCACAAUGCCCCUGCUACAGGCACCCCGGGCCUGGCCCCCAUUGUGCCGCCAUGUUCAAAUGCACGACCCCCUCCCGAGCAGGGCCCUGCCCCCGCAUUCCCGCCUUGAUGGGGGCUGCUGCCGGCAGCAGACUGGGGGGGGCAAACCCAGUAAACACUU